CUUCAACUCCGGAAGUGUUUCCUUUACCGGAAGUCCUAAUGUGACCAAGAAAGAUGGCGGGGGAUUCUGCAAUGGAGCUGCUCUUUUUAGAUACGUUCAAGCAUCAAAGUGCGGAGUUGACAAAUGUGGACGUUGUGCGGUUUCCUUACGGUGUCUUGAUCACAGAAGUGCGAGUCAUUCCCCCUGGCAUCAAAGCACACAGCAACCUUCCUGACAGCAGAGCGUUUGGGGAAACAGCCCCUCAUGCAUUCCAGUUGGACCUGUUCUUCAACAAUGUGUCCAAACCCAACGCCCCGGUGUUUGACAGGCUGGGCAGCCUCGAGUACGAUGAGAACAAAUCAAUCAUCUUCAGGCCUAAUGGGAAGAUAAACACAGAUGGGUUAGUCCUGCGUGGAUGGUACACAUGCCUGACGUUGGCAGUGUAUGGCACAGCCGAGCGCCCCCACAGCCAUGAGCGGGACUCUCCGCCACCUCCUCCACCCCCUCUGCCCCAACAGCAGCAGCUGGGAUCCAAGCGGAUCAUUAAAACUGAGUGGGAGAAUGAAGAACAGUUUAACGGCAGCCCACCCAGACCACAACCUAGAGGGCCACGGACCCCACCUGGACCACCACCUCCAGACGAUGAUGACGAGGAGGCACUACCUGUACCUGGUCAAUGUCCAGUAAAGGUGGAGAACACAGAACAGGGUGAUGAUUACCUGGAGCCUGUCUCACCUGAGCGAGGGUCUCUUCCUGCAGAUGAGAAUUACUCGGACGCAGAGCAGGAGGAUGAUGAGGGUCCGGCUGAUGAUGAGGAGGAUGAGGAUGUGCACUCUGAGGGAAGUGAGGGGGAUGAAGAUGAAGAGGAAGUGGGUGAGGAGGUCACCGAUGAAGAGGGAGAAGGUGAUGAUGGAUAUGAGCAGAUAUCCAGUGAUGAGGAGGAUUUGGAGAGUGGGGCUUUCAAGCUGCCUGCCUUUGACCUGGACUAUACACCUGAGGACCUUGCAUCACUACCAACCGUUCAGUAUGAUCCAUACGAGCGUGAACUCCGACCCCUCCAGCACUUCACACCGCCGCACAUUACACGCUAUGAGGCAGAGCUAAAACGCCUCAAGACGGUAGACAUCCAGGACUCAAGCUCCUUGUGGGCGGAGUCUGCAGCGAAACUCUCAGAACUGUUGGAGGCCUGGGGUGAGGGACAGAGGACAGAGCGAGGGGCAGGCUGGGUAACUGCCUUAGAGGAGAUCCCUGCCUUUUUGCUAAAAGGGAUGAGCUUCCUGUCUAUUAAGGACCCUGAUGGGCUGAGUGAGAAGUUGAAGCAGUUGGUCGACUGGAGCUGUGAAGCUCUUAAUUUGGACUUUGCCCUGGCACAGCCCAUAGCGCUGAACUUACGCCAGCUCAAAGCAGGAACCAAACUGGCCUCUGCCUUGGCCGACUGUGGUGCCCAGGCUGUGCAGAAUCUGCUGGAGAAAGGGAUUGUUGGCAGCCUCCUAGGCUUGCUGUUUGCAGAACACGUUUCAUCCACUCUGAAACUCAACGUGCUGCGUUCCCUCGACAGCAUCAUCAGUGAGCCACAGGGUAUCGAGGCCCUGCUCAGAGACCGUCACCAUGACAAUGAUGGAACGAGUGGGUACCAGCGUCUGCUGGAUCUGUUUCUAUUGGACCAGACCGUGCGUGUCGCAACGGCUGGCACAGCCAUUUUACAAAAGGGACAUUUUUAUGAGGUUUUGACUGACCUGCAGAGGACAGCCAGCAUUUGGGCUGAACGCCAUCCCACAGUAGGGGAGGUGGGUGAGCGAGAGGGUAGCGAGAGUGAGAGAGAAGCCGGAGAGAGAGACAGAGAAAGCACUGAGAGGGAAGGAGAUGAGAGGGAGAGGGAAACCCAGGAGGUAGAGCGGGAAAGCCCAAUGGACAUUGAUACCUUGCUGGAAUCUGCCUCUUUGUCAGAAGGUGACCUGGAAAGCCUGCAAGGUCUUCUGGAAGAACUGCUCCACCUGCUGGAGACAGCACCUCACUGUAUGGUACAGCCUCCUGGGAAAGCUUUUCCCACCAGUGCCCGAAUCACUGGGCCACCAGAGCGUGAUGAUCCCUAUCCAACACUGUACAGAUACAUGCAUGCUUGUCACCUUCUGGAAUCCCUGGCAGUUGUUCUGUCGUAUCCGGCUACAUUUGCCCACAUCGGAGUCCUGCAGUCUGUCAGAGAACUGAUGCGUUUCCUAUCACAGUCCCAGCAGGGCCUCCUCUUCCUCCUUAGCAAACACGAAACCACCAAUUUGCUGCUUCGUCUCCUCACACCCCUUACUCACCUGACCCCACCCUCUCACUUGACUCCGCUGACGCCCCUUUCAGAGGGUGAGGGUGAAGAUGCUCCUGCGGGUGGAGAGGGUUCGAUGGAUGAUGGUUUUUGGGUGUGGCUUAUGCAGACUCUACAUGCACUACAGGGUGUUGCUGAGCUGAAUGGUGCAGAGCUUGAAGAUGGCGAUAAUCCAAGUGUUCUGGCAACACUUCACUGCCUGUAUCUCAUUAGCUUUAGCAGCACAGGCCGAAAUGCUGUCGCGCAUGCUUUUAGCUUGGAUAACAACCUCAGCUCUCUGGUCAACCUGGUGGAGUUCCAUGCCAAAGAGGGCCAAGGGGAAGGAAAAGCAAGGAAGUCCGUAACAUAUAACUAUGCCUGUAUGCUUGUACUGCUGGUGAUUCAGACAUCAGGCGAUCUCCGGAUGAUAGAGCACUAUGCCGCUCCACUACUUAAUGUUUCCAAAGCUGAUGAAAACAAUGCUAAGCUUCAAGAGCUGUCUAAGUGGUUGGAGCCACUUGAAAAAUUACACUUUGAUAUUAGUGGCAUUCCUACGCUUAUUGACUACAUAAAGCAGAAUCUGGAGAACUUGAUGACAGCAGAUGGGGUGGGUCUUGUAACCGCUCUCAGAGUGUUGUGCCACAUUGCCUGCCCUCCAACCACUGUGCCAGGUCAGCAGAAAGACUUGAAGUGGAACCAGGCCAUCAUAGCUCUCUUCAGUGCAGAGGGCAUGGACACUUUUAUUAAAGUCCUCCAGAAGCUUACAUUGCUGCUGCUGCCAUGGCGACUACAUGGUCCAAUGGGCCCCACAGCGCAGCGACUCAUGAUGCUGUCAGUGGCCUCCUGCUCGCUGAGACUCAUCCGAGCCAUGCUGACAGAGCUGCUGUGCGGGGGAACCUGUGAGUUCCGUGACGUGCGUGUGCCCUCCGUCUGUGUCGCCCUUCACAAGAUCCUCUGCUCCACCCCGACAACCGGUCGCCUGGAUGCAGAGGAGCUGCGUAUCCAGGGAGACGUGACAGAGAUAAUGUUAACAUUCACACAUGCAAUUAGCGAGCAGAUGACGGGUUCAGAGGAGACCGUGGCCGGAAACAGCUGGUCUCUGAUGCUGAGGGAAGUGCUGAACUCUACACUGGCUGCUCCAGAGAACAUCUACAGCAGCCUUAGUCUGCUGUCAGAACUGCUUCCUCUACCACUGCCCAUGCAGACCACUCAGGCACUAUCUGUGCAAGACAUCGGGGUUGCGAUGAACACGCGAAAGUUGUGGAGUGUGCACUUACACGCUCAGGCUCGAGUAUUACAGGAAGUGCUGAGGUGUGUGUGUGUCAACAGCUGUCCGCCGCUACUCUCCAUGUUCCGCCGUGUGUGUGUACAGCUCUGUGAUCUUGCUGCACCCACUGCGACUCUGGUGAUGAGGACAUUGUUGGAGCAGCUGCAGGAGGAAAUGCAACAGGAGGCAGCUGGCUCACGCUUGAUGAGGUUACUAGCUCUCCUCGACUCACUGGCAUCUCAGCGGGCUUGCAAAUCAGCCAUGUUGGCUCUAACUAAUGCAGAGCCUGAAGCUGAGCCCACUCUACCUGCACCAGAACCCCUUCAGACACAGUUCAACCACAGGACGGUUUUUGUUCUCUCGGAUGUCCUGGAUGAGCAGUUGAAGGCCCUGUGGUUCUCUCCAUUCCAGUCAGAUGAGAUGGAGACAGAAGUUGACAUGGUGAAAGUUGACCUAGUUGCACUGGCCCAGCAGUGUUGUCCAGACUUAAACCUAAAGGCAGAAUUAGAACGUUCGUUCCUCAGCGAACCCACUUCCCCAGGACACAGCAAACCAUCCAAAGGCUUCCGACUGGGAAAACACAAACAUGAGACCUUCAUCACAUCCAGUGGGAAUUCAGAUUAUGUGGAGCCUGCGAAACGAGCUCAUUUCAUGGCGGCCCCUCGGGGUCGGGGUCGUGGUGCGUUUGGCCAGCUCUCUCGACCACAUGACAUUUUCCGCCAGCGCAAGCAGAACACCAGUCGACCUCCUUCCAUGCAUGUAGAUGAUUUCCUUGCUGCAGAGUUCAAGGAGGUGGGUCAACCCACUGGCCUGGCCCUGCCCAAACGCCCACCAAAAGGAGGAGGAGCCAAGCCACCAACUAGAGGCUUGUUUACUGGAGGAACCAGAGGGAGGGGCUUCCAGAACCACGCCCGCUUCUUCACUCCACCAGCCCCCAAGAGUGUUCUGCUUGCUGGUAACUACCCUCGUCGUGAGGGUGGUCGUGGAUCCACUUGGAGCACUCCAGUGUCCGCUGACACUCACAGAGGGACUUACAGUGAACCUCGUGGAGGGCAAAGCAACUUCACUCGACCGUUACCAUCCAGACAGCCACCUACAGGUGCUUACCGAUUGGCUCCUCGGGACAGAGCCACCAGAGGCAGAGGGAUGGGCCUGUCCUGGCUGAGUGGUGGUGUUAGUGUAGGAGGAGGUGGAGUAAGUGGCGGUGGUCGUGGUCAAGGGAAGUUCAACAGCGGCGGAGGCGGACGGGGCAGACACGUCCGCUCAUUCACUCGCUAAACGCUGCCUUGAGCAAAGCAGACUCAGCCGUCAGGCUCUAAAGGACCAAUCAGGAUGUGGAUCUGCUGUAUCUGUUGCAACCAUUGGCUGAUAUUAUGUAUAUCAUUGUCAUGUUUUGUGUUUCUCUCCU